UAUUAUACCCCAAACUCUUUUCGACCCUUCUCAAGCACCCAUUACCAACUCGCCAACCGCCUUUCCUUUUUGUCAACAUACCUUCUGACCAUCGACCUUGACUCAUUCGCAUGGUUUAUUGCCUGCCUCACCAGCUCCAACAUACAUCAUACACCAAGCACCAAGUGAGAGCAACGAGCGUCCAAAACCGGAUACACUGGCAUACUACCCACAACACAUGCCCCCUACGCCUUCUAUUCUUAACAGGCAAUAAUUUCAUGGCCCAACGCCUUUUACACUCACCUUUGUGAUUUUCCUAAUUUUUGCACUUCGCUUCAGUCAGGAAAUGAUACCACCCCUCAACCGGGGAUUG